UUCUGUUCUGCUUUGUUCUAUUCUAUUCUCCCCUGUAUUCCGGACUUUUUUCACGGUGCGUGUCGACAGGUGGAGCUCCCGCUCGCCCGCUCCCCAUCCGAGCCUUCACGAGGGUCCAGAGACACCGACUCACCAACAGACGCGCACGCGCUCGCGGGCCGUCGGGCUGUGAGACGUGCCGGAGCAGCGCUCGCGCUUCUGUGAGUUGAGCGGGAGCGAGUCAGAGAGAGAGAGUCCGCGCGGGGCGCUCAGUGUUGCACCGUCGGCCGGACCGGGCGGACCUGGUACCGGUAUCGGGAGCAGGUUCGCUUCUUUCGUCUUUUCUCGCGUGUGUAAAAUGGGAUUGUGACCGGACCCGGAGCUGCGGGCGCCGCCGGCUUCUCCUGGCCGGAAAAUGAAGCGUCUCUGUCGGAAGCUGGCGGUGGCCGUGGCGGUGCUGGUGUGGCUGGGAGCGCUGGUUUACCUGCUGGUGCUGAGCCGGAGGAAGCUGCCGGAGCUCGGUACCGGAGCGGGAGCGGCGGCGGGCGGAGGCGGAGGCGGAGACGCGGCGAACAACCAGAUCUCAGACGCGGAGUGGGAGGACAUGCUGGAAGGGUUCGAUGAGCGGAGCUACCUGAACGCUCGGCGCUGGAGGCCCGGGGACGACCCGUACACCCUGUACGCCUUCAACCAGAGGGAGAGCGAACGCAUCCCCAGCAACCGGGCCCUGAGGGACACGCGGCACCACAGGCAGCGCUGGGGCCACAGUCCCGUCUCAGCUGCGCAGACAAAGGCGCUGGUGGGAGGAAACGGGCAGAGUGAAACACGGAGGCAGACGUGGAGAAGAGCUGAUAGAGUUGGAUGUCACAGGUGUGUAAUGCUGCUAAUCUGUAGAACUGGGGAGCGUCUCAUAAGCAGCUCUGAGAUGAGUCCUCAUUGCAGGGUGAUGAUCCUGCGCUGCGCUGGGACAUGUGACCGGCGUGGAGCCUAUUAAUGGCAUCAGUGACGCGGCCUCAUUUCCUGCUGUGACCAAUGUGAGCGUCUGCCGUGAAACAGAUCAGAUGCUGUAAACGUGUUGACCUGACGAACCCCAGGCGGCCGCCGCCGUGUCUGAAAAUCAAUUUGGCCGAAUCAGCGCCGCGGCAGCUGGUGCCGCAGCCUCUGCUCAGAUCCAUUUAUAGCGUGUUGUUGUUGAGAAUUCGCCAGAGAUGUGACUUUAUCGGCUCAGAUGCUGCGAUCGUGCGUCACGUGCACACGAGGUGUGAACCUUGUUUCUCUCCCGUCUGGAGUUGAUGCAGAGGCACUUUUAUUUUGAAGGCUGCAGCUUCAGCUGCUCAUUCAAACCCUCAGUUCUGUUGUGCAGUGGUUGCCUUUGGUUUUAAAGUGUGCCGGCUCAGGAAUCUCCUUCUAACUACUUGGCCAUUCAUUCCCCAAACGCAGCACAAAUCCCAUGUAAAUCAUUACCAUAGCAUGUGUUAACUUCCCUUUUCUUUCCGCUCCGGGUCAAGAAAUAUGGAGUCUGCAGUGUAAAUUAUUAAGCAGCGCUCUGGAUGCCUGUUCAGGAGACUCGUCCCCUCACAGCGAGCAGUGUCUAUAAAUAAGCUGUGGACAGUGAAUUGGUGACGGUGCUCGUUUUAUGUGAGUGCUCAGGAAAAUCCAGUGUGUUGUUAUUAAGCGAGAUCCGUCCUGUUCUCAGCUGCUUUUGUUCCUCUCAGCUUGAUCGAUUUGCUCCUAAAAGCUUGGAUUCACAACCAAAUCCCAGGAAAGUCAGCGUUUACACCGGCUGCGACCGUACGAGGCCCACGAUGUCGCAGCGCGUGUAGACAGAGCUUCGUGAGAACGGGAAACGUUGACACAGAUCUGCUGAAAGCAGCUUUAAUGUGCUUCCUGAGCAGCGGCACUGUGUCUUGUUUAAUUAGGCCUCGUAGACGCUUUCUUCCAGGCUCAGGUCCAUUAAAGGAAAAGACACUUUUCUGUGUGGAAGCCUUGGGAAUAUUAAGAAGCAGCCACCGAGUGUGAUGCAUGUACUGAAGGAGGUCUCCGCUCCAGCUCCAGUCCUGCUGCUCAGUUCGACCCACAGACCUGCAGAAGAAGCGCGUCUCACAACAGUGAUGCUGAUGCGAUGGACUGCGGGCGGCGUCUGCCUGCACCGGCUCAACAGUAGGAAAUCAGCAUCGAGUGUCAAUGCACGGAAUCCUGACAGUCCUGCUGCUCGGUGCUGUAGUAAGUCACACAUGGUUGUGUGUGAUAAUUGUAGGUUCUUUUGCAGCUCACAGACGCCAGUGAUGCGACUUCUCCAUCAAUAGGAAUAACGGGCGCUAACAGUAUCAUUGUACAGGUUAAUGCGCAGGUUAAACAGGGGACGCUGUGCAGGGAGGUUGUUAGCGCCGCUAAUUAGGCGAAUCAGAAGGAAAUGACAGUCGGUGGCGCCGCUGUGAAGCUGAAUCUGUGAUCUUUAGCCCACAGUGAGUGGAGGAGAUGGGAGAUAAUUUAAAUGUGCAGAGCCCCGAGGCUUCAGAAGCUGGUUUCACGUCAUGUUCGGGAGAUGAGAGGAGCGUGUGUGUGUGUGUGUGUGUGUGUGUGUGUGUGUGUGUGUGUGUGUGUGUGUGUGUGUGUGUGUGUGUGUGUGUGUGUGUGUGUGUGUGUGUGUGUGUGUGUGUGUGUGUGUGUGUGUGUGUGUGUGUCUCCAUCCUCUGAGUCACACAGCCAAUUAUACCCUCCCAACGGCCACCGUUCCCUCUCUCACUUCCUACCUGCCUCGUUCGCCCCGUCUUCUCUCAUCUUUUCCUCUUCCUCCACUGUUAUCCAUCUCUCUGCUUCCCUCACUCGCCCUCUUUCUCUAUAGAUUCAUUAAUAGAAUCAAAAAUAGAAGGACCGAAAAUGGAACGGAUGGGGAGAGGUGUCCAGAUGAAAGGAUGGAGAGCAGAUUCAAUUAGAUUAGUUUGGACUCUGUUUGUAUCUGGGUGGAAAUGAAAUGCAUUAGAACAGAAUUUGACUGGUUCCACGACAGUAAUACAACAGAAUAAUACUCUGUUUGCUGCAAAUUGACAGAAACCCACAUUCAGUAGAGAAUCUUUGAGAGGAAUGAGCCAAAUGGACGUUUUGUGUGUAAUGCAUGUGGAGCUGAAGGUUUUAUCAAUGGGACCAUCUGCCAGUGUGGCUCUGGGACUCAUGGGACGUGAACAGACGACAGUGAGCAUAUUCUCACUGUCGCCUUCAGGAGGAGCCUCCCAUCUUCACAUUGAGCCUGUUUGUCUCCUGCAUCAUGUGAUCGGAGUCUCUCCACCCUGCACUGGUCAGUGAUCCUCAGUGGUGGAUUCAGGAGGACGAUGCAGGUCCCACACGUGUUCUGACCGCGCGCUGGUCGGGGCUGAGCUCCGCCCCCUCACCUGGCUCUGUCCCCUCACCUGGCUCCGCCCCCUCACCAGACCCCGCCCCCUCACCUGGUUCCCGCCCCGCCCCUUCACCUGGCCCCGCCCCUUCACCAGGCUCCUGCUCCGCCCCCGUUAACGAGCUGGGCUUCAGUUGCUGCGUGGGCGUGAGGCGUUUAAUGUCUGUCACCCGGCGUGUUCCUGCCUCCUGCCAGACGCCCUCUGCAACCAAAUAAUCCCACUUAAUAAUGUUAGCGCCGCGCGGCUCUGCCUCCAUCAGAUGAGCGCCGUCACCGCCGGCGCCUUUAUCUGAGGAGCUGUCACGCGUUCCUGCUGGAUAACUCUGAGCGCGUGUCUGGAGACAGAACAGCCGUAAAUGGAGUCGUCGCUAAGUUUGGAUCCAAAGUUCUGCCCGAGUUCUUAAAGCAACUUCAAACUCAUGCUGUGAUUGGAUUCGGUGGAUCAAUCUUUCCCCUCAGCUUGAAAUGGAAGCAAACCUAAAUGCAUGAUGGGUAACGGCCCACUCCACAGACUGAACAGUACAAGGAAAGGAGAGGACUGAGCUCCUGAGUGAACAUAUCUGCUCAUUAUGUGGUCGAUGCAACGAUCAAAGCUCUUCUUCCAUUCAUCUGUUUCCACCGCUUCCUUUGUCUAAACGUCCAUGUCCAAAUGCUGGAAGUCCUGCAUUUCUCCUGGUGAAACAAGCAGGAGCUGCUGCUCUUGUCUGUAGGCACAGGCUCCAAUUAGAGCAGUGAGGUGACGGUGUCCCAGUGUUGAGUGACGUGGAGCAGCAUCACUUUUGCCACGAGGGUGAAUGAAGAUUUAAUAUCUACGGAUACGAUUAGUUUGCUUUGUGUGCUUGUCUCUCUUAUUUAGCUUGAUGAAGAGGUGUGUGUCCGCGCUCGGACAGCUGCGCUGCUGGGAGCAACACAGUCGUCACACACCAUCUGCCGAGCACGCACACACACACGGACACACACACACACACAGACACAGUAACACACACAGUAACACACACAAACACACUGUAAAAAACCCAAACACACACACACAGACAGACAUAGUAACACACACAUGCACACACACACAGACACACAGUAACACAGGCGUUGUGAGUUAAGCAAACAGGCACAUCCACCACCUGCCGUGGCCCUCGGCUCCCUGCUGCCGUCUCUCUGCGUUUACAUCUCUCUCUCAUUCUAAUGCAGAAAACACACACUCUGCCAACACUGUCAGUCUUCUCCCUUUCACACUCUCACACCUUCGGAUUCCAGUGUGUGUCUGUGAGUGUGUGCGGCCUGUCGGGGAGCUGUGGCUUUUAAUUAGCCCGUGCGGCCGCUCCUGAGCACCGGCGCUCCCCUGGGAGCCGGACAGGUGCCGCAGCGCUCUCCGUCUCUGUCUCCGUCUCGGUCCGUUUGUCUGGUUGUGCUGCAGCAUGUGAGUGUGUGUUUGUUUUGAAGGUAAGGCGCUAACGGGUCCGCAGGGGCUGCAGCUUCCUGUUGUGUGUGUUGUGCUUAACGAGCAGCUCCUCCAACCGGGCCGGUGACGGCGCCCGGCUGGUUAAUGAACCCGUUCCCUGACUGCGGGCCGACUUAUCGACCGGCUCCUGUUGUUGUGGCCUGUUUUUAUUUUACAGAUGUGUCUUUGACAGUAAUAACAUUAUGCAACAUCUGCAAGAACGUGAGCCAAUCCUGCAGCCGCCGGUGUCGGGGGGUUUCAUCAACGCUCUCCACGCCGUCGCUGCUUCUCUUUUAUCUCCAAUCUGUCUCCACCGGUUCCUGUUUUUACGUAACUCUGACAAAAUGCACAAAAAUAAUGAGUCAAAAAAGGAGCUUUAAUUGGAAGAAGUAGAGAUCGUAGCGGCGCUGUUCUGACAGGGACAGAAAUGGAGCCGCUGUCUGAAAUAGACCCUCAUCAUUAGCUUCAUUGCAGCUUCGCUCCUCGUGCGACCGUAAUAAAGUUGAAUGUGAACUCCGCACAUUUAGAGGGAGCUGCGCUGACGGUUCGGAGCGGAGCGGCCUCAGUUUAUACCAUUAUUACUGUUUACAUCUGCUGGUCCUGGCUCGACAGGCUGGAAACAAGCUGCAGAUACAAGCUUCACCCGCAGCAGCAGGAAACACUGGAGUCCGACUCAAUUCUGCAGGAGGACUUAUUAGUUUGUCCGCAGCCUGGAGGCUGCAGCCGUCCGUUAUUUCUCAGGAAACGGGGCAUUCGUUACAAAGAUUAACGAACUCUGUGGGACAGAUUACAAAUCCCUGUUUCCUGGUUCCAUAGCUGGUUUCAGCCGGAGGUUGAAGCAACUGGGCUACGUUGUACGUGCGUGUACAGUACAUGCGGGUACAUGCAGUACAUGUAGUACAUGCAGUACAUGCGCGUACAUGCAGUACAUGCGCG